GUUCCGAAAGGAGGGAAAGGAACUAGCAAGGGGCGAGAGGAGCGAGCCUGGAAGGGAGAGCGGCGGGGGGCGGCCGAGCUGCGGGCUGGAGGGCGCCGGGCGCGCGGAGACCGUGCCACCUCCACCCCACCUCCACCCCCGGGGCACGGAGGGCUCUGCCUGGGAGACGCACAAAGACAUGCGAAGAGGGGCUGAGCGAGGCUCGCGCACAAAGACGCCGGGGCGCACUGCGGCUCGGGCUGCACCCACCACCCCCGCGCCGCGCAGCGCAGGGGCCCGGCCAGCGCGGAGCCCGGGGCGGAGAGCGCGGCGGCGGCGGCGGCUGCUGGCCGGCGCGGGACCCGGGUGGCCGGCGCUCUCCUGGUGACCCGGGCCCGGCCGCAGGCGCGCGCGGGGGCGGCGGCGCCCCAGCCCAACUUGGCCUCGGCCUCGCCCUCUGCCCGGCCCGCCGGUGUCCCCUCCUUCCCGCGAUUCCGUUUCUUCUCACGCUCCCCCCACCCUCCCUCCCGCGUCCAGCCCCGCUCUCCCCACCUUGUAAAACAAAGCCGGGGAAAAUGCCUGCCCAUGCAGCUCGGAGCGCGCAGCCCGUCUCUGAAUAAGAAUGGCGGCCCCUGACUUGCUGGAUCCUAAAACUGCCGCUCAGAACUCUAAACCGAGGCUCUCGUUCUCCACGAAACCCACCGUGCUUGCUUCCCGGGUGGAGACUGACACGACCAUUAAUGUUAUGAAAUGGAAGACGGUCUCCACGAUCUUCCUGGUGGUCGUCCUCUAUCUGAUCAUCGGAGCCACAGUGUUCAAAGCGUUGGAGCAGCCUCACGAGAUUUCCCAGAGGACCACCAUUGUGAUCCAGAAGCAGACGUUCAUUUCCCAGCACUCCUGUGUCAAUUCGACUGAGCUGGACGAACUCAUCCAGCAAAUAGUGGCAGCAAUAAAUGCAGGGAUUAUACCUUUAGGAAACACCUCCAAUCAAAUCAGUCACUGGGAUUUGGGAAGUUCCUUCUUCUUUGCUGGCACUGUUAUUACAACCAUAGGAUUUGGAAACAUCUCACCACGCACAGAAGGGGGAAAAAUAUUCUGUAUCAUCUAUGCCUUACUGGGAAUUCCCCUCUUUGGUUUUCUGUUGGCUGGAGUUGGAGAUCAACUAGGAACCAUAUUUGGAAAAGGAAUUGCAAAAGUGGAAGAUACAUUUAUUAAGUGGAAUGUUAGUCAAACCAAGAUUCGAAUCAUCUCAACAAUCAUAUUUAUACUGUUUGGCUGUGUACUCUUUGUUGCUCUGCCUGCAAUCAUAUUCAAGCACAUAGAAGGCUGGAGUGCCCUGGACGCCAUUUAUUUUGUGGUUAUCACUUUAACAACCAUUGGCUUUGGUGACUACGUUGCAGGUGGAUCAGAUAUUGAAUAUCUAGACUUCUAUAAGCCUGUCGUAUGGUUUUGGAUCCUUGUAGGGCUUGCUUACUUUGCUGCUGUCCUGAGCAUGAUUGGAGACUGGCUCCGAGUGAUAUCAAAAAAGACAAAAGAAGAGGUGGGAGAGUUCAGAGCCCAUGCUGCUGAGUGGACAGCCAACGUCACGGCCGAAUUCAAGGAAACCAGGAGGCGGCUGAGUGUGGAGAUUUACGACAAGUUCCAGCGUGCCACCUCCAUAAAGCGGAAGCUCUCCGCAGAACUGGCUGGAAACCACAACCAGGAGCUGACUCCCUGUAGGAGGACCCUGUCAGUGAACCACCUCGCCAGCGAGAGGGAUGUCUUGCCUCCCUUACUGAAAACUGAAAGUAUCUAUUUGAACGGAUUGACGCCACACUGUGCAGGCGAGGAAAUUGCUGUUAUUGAGAACAUUAAAUAGCCCUCUCUUUGAAGAGCCCUAGGCAUAGCCAUAGGUGAGGACUUCUAUAUGCUCUUUUUGACUGUUGUCGGUAGCGUUUUUUAAAUUGUGCAUGAGCUCCAAAAAGGAAAAAAAAAAAAAAAAAAGAUACACCUAUCAUGGUCAUCUACCAUCAAGAGAAUUUGAAUUCUGAGCCAGCACUAUCUUUUUGAUGAUUCUUGGUCCACUUUCUUUGACCAGUGGAAUAAAACAAGCAAUGUCUGAUGCCUUUUUGUGCCCAGACUGUUUUCCUCUCUCUUUUCCAAAUGUGCCAAAAGGCCUCAGAAUGAAUUAUAAUUGUUUCCGGUAAUAAUGUAGCUUUGAGGGAUCAGUCCUUAACUUUUCAGGGUCUACCUAACUGAGCCUAGAUUAUGGACCAUUUAUGGAUGACAACAUUUCUUUUUGUAAAUGGCAAGAAAUUCUUAUGCAGCCUUUUACCUAAGAAAUUUUCUGUCAGUGCCUUAUCUUACGAAGAAACAGAACCUCUCUAGCUAAUGUGUGGUUUCUCCUUCCCCGCCCCACCCCUAGGCUCAACUCCGCAGUCCUUUACCCCACAACUCCUGUUUGAAUACCAUACCUUGCUGGAAACAGCGUGUAAAAUGACCGGAGUGAUGAUGCCCGAAGAAGGACUAGAUGCCAAAUUAGAUGGACAUUGAAGCAACACUCAGAAACCCUAGCGUUAAAGGCACUGCAGAGAAAUGAGGUGCAAAGACGGCCCCUCUGAGUAUUUAUUUGACUCAGGUACCAAUGGUACAUAUAUACAGUGUAAUUAUUACCAGGCCAGUAAAACUGACUGCUCUCAAUCAGUCCCUUUUUUCCUGGCAGUAUUUAAAAUUUAUCAUUUUUGACUAACUAUAUAUACAUCUUUUAACAGUGGAAGAAGGAAAGCCAUACAUAUAUAUAUAUAUCCAUAUAUAUACAUAAAUGAUCUGACAAAACUAUGAAAAUGGAUAUUCUUGAAGGCGAGUUUAGACAGUUGGUGUGAAUUGCCAUUUGGAUGAAAAGAAGAUAGUAAAACGAUGUGUUACAAGCAUUUGCUAAUAAACAUUGUACUGCCAGCAUCUAUUUGCUUUUUGAUGUAUGAAAAGCGCAUAUCAUUUUCUUUCCUUGGGUAACUUCUGCCAGAUGAGGGGAGGGAAUGUAGGAGGCAGAGCUGGGCACAGUCCUGACCUUCUGUGGGUGUACCUCUGGAGUUGUGGCUGAGUGUGAGAGCAGAGUUGAAACUGGGAUCACUGUGAUUUUGCACACGGAAAAAUGCAGAUUGCAGGCAUAAUUCAUCUCUGACAUUAGAGAAAAAGCUGUUAUAGCACAAUUCAAAUCUUGAGAGUUUUUUUUUUUUUAAAGAUAGAAAAGGCUGUUAAUCCUCUUUAGUUUAAUUUUAUAUCUUGCAACUCUUUGGAUGUUUUCAAGAUUCAGAAGAAAUUCAGUAAAGGCACCUAGUAGAUUGCUACUCUUUCUUUUAUUUUCAUACACAGAUCUGCUGUACAUUGUAACUAUAAUUUGUAAAAUGCAGAAAGAAAAUGAUUUCCCUAAAUAUAAUUGCAAAACAUUACUUUUAUUCUUGGGGGUCAGGGGUGUAUCUGAAUAAGUGGCAUUCAGAUUAGGGUCUUAAAAAAUAAACCCAGGAUCUUAAAAAAAAAAAAAACUUAAUAAAUGCUUAUUUUCCAAAGUUUAAAUUUAAGCUAGAAAUGUAAAUAUUCAGUUAACUUGUUGAAGGUACUUUUAUAAACUUAAAAAAUUCUAACCAAAAUUUUAGAAAGUCAGGCUCUUUUAGAAGGAAAGCUACACCCACUUCCUCAAUAACUGUUCUGAAAGUUCAUAUGGUGGAAUGCACCAUGUAUAAACUGUGAAUUGUAUUGACAAAUAAAGUUUGUAAUUAAAGUCGGCAUUUUCUGAGUCUCCUGCUUGCUGCUGAGGAUUUAGAUCUGAUUCUGGCUGUGCAGAACUCCAGAACUCCACUUUUCAUGCUGAGUUUUUGUGGCUCCUUUGUUCACAGUAUUCAAGAAAUAUUUUUGAUGCAGUAUUACUACCCUUGUUAAAUACAUGCAGAUGUUCUUCUUGGUGGCUGUUAAUCAAAAGUAAAACCCUGAUAGUUCACUUUUAAAAUAUGAUAUUUUAAAGAGCAUAUAAAUUCAAGAUGGUUUCUAUUAAAUUAUAUUAUAUCAAUAUCUUAAAUCAUUGUUAGGCCUUGUCUUGACACUGAAGUAAUUGGAAUGCCGAACAUGGGCACCUGAAUGUUUUUUGUAGGAAAGGUCAAACAUCCUGGCAGUGUUGAAGCCUAAAGAAGGUAGUUGCCAACUAAUCUUCUAAACCUCAUACCCCUAAUAUUUGGACUACAUAUCUUGUCAGUAUCUUAUAUAAAUUUAUUUAUUCAUUCCCAGGCACCUUGAUACUCAGUAAAUAUCCUAAAACUGAUCCCCAGCAUUAUCCUUAAGAUUGGGGAAAAUCUAAGGAAACGUGUGUGUAUUAUAUCAAUUUUAUUUUUUCAAGUUUCAUUCUGUUUACUUCUUGUGGAGAGAAUAUUGACAAAGGUUUUGGCAUAGUUUAUGAGUUUGUUUUUUCAAUGGACCAGUUUAAGAAUGAAUAGUCUUGCCCUGAAGGAUAUUUGGGAAAAUAAAAAGUACCAAACCCAGCAAGGAUCAGGAACCUGUCUGAUCUGGAAUCUUAGACAUGGGUUCUAGACAAGGCUUUCUAUCCACCUUACAACUAGUAAAUUUAAAAUGACUGUUUUGGAGUUCUAUUAAUUUAUUACAUAAAUCUAUGUACUUUGCUGCCAUACUUCAUGUGACACUGCCUUUUUUUUCAAUAAUAUUUCACUCUUGCAAUACAGGAAAAGUGAAACUUCUAAAGCCAAGAAGGAAUUGAAUAAUUUGUCUUGGCCGUCAAAAAAAAUGAGAGAAGGGUGUAAGGCUUGGUCUUUUUCUCAAAUUCUAAGGAACAUGACAUAAAAGGAGGACUAAAUCCCACCUCACUUUCUAUAAAACAAUCUGUAGAAUUCAUUGAUUCUGAAGGCCAAAAGUUCAGACUAAGAGAAAUUUUACAUUGAACACCAGAAAAAAAUAUUUAGACAUUCUGCAAGACUUGAGAUAGCUAUUUAUGCCUAGGACUAUUUUUGUUUUCCUUUAAAGAAAAAUGUUUGCUGUUCUAGUAAAAUCAUAACUUAUUUGUGGUUUGCAUUCCUUAUCAAAGUGUGAGUAUAAAUUUGCUUUUGUGUAAAGUAAAAGCUGUCUCUAUUUGAAUACUCGUAACUGCAUUAAAAUUAAUAUAUGA